ACGAUGGUUCCUAGAAGAAGGAAGAUAUUUGGUAUUUGCAUUGCAACAGAGAGCUUGAAGGGGGAAGACAAAACAACAAUAACAAAACUGUGUGAAUUGUGUAAGAAAGGGAAAAAGAAAAUGGGAAGCGAAGGAGGAGGAGCGAUUGUGAGGAAACCAAGGUUUUUGUGUCUCCAUGGAUUCCGUACGAGCGGAGAGAUAAUGAAGAUACAGCUUCACAAAUGGCCUAAAUCUGUAAUCGACCGGCUAGAUCUCGUGUUCCUCGACGCGCCUUUUCCUUGUCAAGGCAAAUCUGAUGUCGAAGGCAUCUUCGAUCCUCCUUAUUACGAGUGGUUUCAGUUCAACAAGGAAUUCACAGAGUAUACCAACUUCGAGAAAUGUUUGGAGUAUCUUGAGGAUCGUAUGAUCAAGCUUGGUCCCUUUGAUGGUCUCAUUGGGUUUUCUCAGGGGGCAAUUUUGUCUGGGGGCUUACCAGGACUGCAAGCUAAGGGAAUUGCACUACAGAAAGUGCCAAAGAUUAAGUAUAUCAUAAUCAUUGGAGGAGCUAUGUUCAAAUCCACGAAGCUGAUAGAGAAUGCGUAUUCGUCUUCCUUGGACACUCUCUCCCUCCACUUUCUAGGAGAGACGGAUUUCUUGAAACCUUACGGAACCGAGCUGAUUGAAUUCUUUAAGAGUCCGGUUGUCGUUCAUCACCCCAAAGGCCAUACCGUCCCGAGGCUUGAUGAGAAAAGCUUGGAGAAAGUUACGGGUUUCAUUGAGACAUUAGAGCAUCUGGUGAUGGAGGAAGAGAAGAAGAAUGAUGAAGAAAACAAUAGUAAGCAAAAAUAGAUAAGCUUAAGAUGUUAUGUAUAACGAAUAAAUUCUUUGGAAAGUAUUCCUAAAGUGGCUGUAAAUAAGCCUGGCAAUGUUUGUGAAAAACACCAAUAUUACCACACAAACAAAAUAAUACACGAUUGAUUCUUUCA